AUGAAGUUCCUUCCGGAUGUCGCGAUGUUCAGCGAAAUUCGACAGAUGAAUGUCCGUCAGCUGCUCUACCAAUGCCUCAACUUCGCAAUGGUAGUCUCAUCUGCUCUGAUGAUUUGGAAGGGAAUGAUGGUGUUGACUGGUUCGGAUUCUCCUGUUGUCGUCGUACUCUCCGGAUCGAUGGAGCCUGCAUUCUAUCGUGGAGACUUGCUCCUUCUCACCAAUGACCAGAGUGACCCAGUACGCGUCGGAGAUAUCACUGUUUUCAAGGUCGAAGGAAGAGAGAUUCCAAUUGUUCACAGAGUCAUCAAGGUUCACGAGAAGACUGCCGAUAACACAAAGAUUCUGACGAAAGGAGAUAAUAAUCAAGUCGAUGAUCGUGGUCUCUAUGCUCCAGGACAGCUUUGGCUUAGCCGUACCGAUGUUGUUGGUCGUACGAAAGGACUUCUUCCAUACGUCGGAAUGGUUACUAUCAUCAUGAACGACUACCCGAAACUCAAAUACGCCGUUCUCGCUUUCCUUGGUCUUUUCGUUUUGUUACAUAAGGAGAACUAG